GCCAGGCACAGGCGCAAGAGCAGCAUAGGGCUGACAAUCACUGUCUCCGCCUCAACACCACGCCCAUACCCCGCGAUAUCCUUGUCGCUCCCUCGUCGUUUCCAGAUUGUGCUGUCUUUUCUCCCGGUUCGUCCGCCGGAGCCCGCUGCAAUGGCGCGCCUCAAUACCCAUCUUUCUGCUACGCCACAGACACGCGCCUCUACCGUCGACUCCCUCUACCGCGACCCUUCCGUAGCGCCCCGAACAGAGCAAAAUGGACGCACGUCCUCCUAUUCAGUAAUCAGUCCAACUCGUUCCAUGAACUCAGACAAAGAGAACGAAUCGCCUGCAACUCGCGAUAGUACCCCGCGGCGAGGCAAAUCAAGGGGCCUGAGGGUCGUGUCGGCGCGUAUGCCUACACCGGAUUCAGGCUCGACAGAUGGCAAUGGCAGCAAGAGAAGGCGCACAGACAAUUACACCAUGUCCCGUUCACAAAUAUAUGACGACGAGCAGAAUGCGGACCAGGAUGACGAAGAGGACGGCAUUGACACGCCUUCACAGUCUCAUCUUCAGCCUGAGCAAGAGGAAGAGGGCCAUCUCAGAUUCUACAACCCUAACCAAGAUCCCGAGAAGCGAAGGCGGCUGCGUGCGACAAUGCGCGACCAUCAGCGCAUGCUGGAUGACAAUCGCGAUGAUCUCAUCAAGGCGCAUGAUAGUGGCCUCCUCGAUGCCCUCAGAACGCAAAACAGCCUUUUUGGCAAAGUGCGCCAAACAGCUGACGCUACCGUAGACUCCCGUUUCUUGGUCAACGCCAGUGAUUUGGCAGGCAAAAAACUCAAUAACGCCUUGGGCAAUCACAGUGCAGGCAUCGAUCUAGACCAGUUCGUUUCCAAAUGUAUAUACUUCAUGAAAUCAGGGGGCUACGUGGCGGGAGACGAGGACGCGCCGGCCAUGCCAGUGGGCGAUGACGAUGAUGAUGACCCAGAUGGUCUUGAUUGGGCAAUGUUAGGCCGAAGGGCAUGUUUUCCCUGCAACAAGCGGCCACCUACAGCCAGUUUUCUUCUUGGUCCAUUGUCAGUACAGAAGCGCAUUCGAUCAGCAACACAGCGGAAAGCUCGGUCCCAACGACAACCAGUCGGCCCUGCAACCCGGCCACAGGAGAUCAAAGAAGGCGACAUCCAGCAGAACGAAAAUAACAACCUCUCCAAUCUUGUCAAGGGCAUCCGAAAACGAUUAAUCGAUCAUACCAAGCAAGGCGCGGACCGCGUGGAAAGCGAGCUUAGUGAGAUACCGGAGAGCGAGAUAGACGACGAAUCGCAAAACGCCGCUUUCCGCCGAUAUAGAAUGGCCAUGACCACAGAUGGAGAGCCUGCUGUCAAUUUACUUGAUUUCGCCAUCAAUCCCCACGACUUCGGCCAGACGGUCGAAAAUUUAUUUUAUAUUAGUUUCUUGGUGAGAGAAGGCAAUGCCAAGAUCGUCAAGGAUGAUGAUGGCCUUCCGUUACUGGUACCAGCAGCCCCUCGCGGCGUUUCGGAACAACGAGAAGAAAAUGUCCAAAAGCAUCAAGCCGUCUUCAGCCUCGACUAUCCCACUUGGCGAAUGUUCAUUGAUGCUUACAAUAUCAAAGAGCCUCUCAUACCGCAUCGUGAAAAUGAAGAGGCAAAUGUCGGAUCAAAUGGCUGGUAUAAUGGAUAAACGUCGCUUUGUUACCUCUCAUUGAGGUGUUGUUCCCUACUCUUUGGUGCAUUUUCAGCUGCAUAAAGCUCUUGCACGUUGCGACACGACCUGGUAUCCAUCCAUGCCACCCGCCGUCCUUACGGUUUUACCUUCCUCCACACUCUUGUAUCUCCCAAUGGCCAUUGUCUCGCUCCGCAUAGAUCAUCGAUUUGAUUCUGAGCCAGUGCAGCGCUCGGCCGCAUGACCUCCUUUCACUUAUGCGCAGCCAACGGUGUCUUCGACGUUAUCAUCUGUUCUUAGUACUAGUACGCGAUACCCCAUGUUUUGCUUUCAAAUAUGUCAACUAGCUUGGAAAAAAUGUCCGUGUCUUCUUCUUCUCUGUCC